CUUGUCCGGGUGGAGUGGAGGGUAGUAUCCGAAAUUACGCGGGAGUCCAUGGUUAUUUUCUGAACAAGAAUCCGUGCCCACGAAGGAUCCGAGUCACGACCCGAAAUUGCUUCGAUACUUCUUCCCCUGUUUUUCAGAAAUUAUCAGAAAAUCUUGGGUGAAAUUGCAAUGGAUGAUGAGCGCUACCUUGUUCUAUCUACUUCUUCAAAUCACACCAUGGAUCUUCAUAUUGAUAUAGAAGAUGAGAGUGAUGAGGAAGACGAUGAUUUGAAGACUGAUUACGUUUGCCCAUUUUGUUUGGAUGAUUUCGACCUUGUUGGAUUCUGCUGCCACAUCGAUGAUGGUCAUCCCAUUGAGGCCAAGUCUGGGAUCUGUCCCAUUUGUGCAAAAAAGGUGGGGAUCAAUAUGGCUGUGCACAUUAUCACGCAACAUGGAAGCAUCUUAAAAGCUUUGUACAAAAAGAAACUGCGCAACAGUGUAUCUCGUUCAACCCUAUCUUUAUUAAGGAAGAAUUCACAGGAUGAAUAUCUGGAUUCUUUUGUUCAGGAGUCUUCUUGUGUGGUUUCUUCCUCUGAUAUGGAUGCCGAUCCAUUGCUGUCAUCAUUCAUCUAUAAUCCGCCAGCUGCUGAAGAGUCUGAAAUUCUACAGCCUAGUUUUACAACUGAAGCGAACCUAGCAAAAAAAAGCUCAGAUGAGAAUAUGUUAGAAAGAAACAUUGAUCCGUCUCCUUUAUCUAACAAGGACCAGGAAGAGAAGGCCCAGAGGUGUGAGUUUGUACAAGGGCUACUGUAUUCUACCAUCUUCAAAGACGACUUGUGAAUGAAAUAAUAGUGCAACCACAGGUCUCGACUUUAACUGUUAACCGGGAAUCCAUAGUAGCCUGCUCGAAACACUGAUAAAUUUAAUUGGGGGAGAAUGAAUGAGGCUAGAUGUAGAAACUGAAUUGAAUGAAAAUGCUACAAAGUCAGUGUAAUUAGUUAGGCCAUAUAUGAAGUGUUGUCAGAGCUGUUGUGUAUGAUGGAAAGAUGUGACCAAGCUGAGCUAACAUAGACAUUUUCACAUUUUGUUUUCUAUAGGAUUUUCUUCUAGGACAGGCUGAAUGCUCUAGAGCUCUACUUGUUUCAGCUAUAAUGUCACAUCUCUCCUUGUUUGGAAAAUUUAAUAAAUAUAUAUAUUAAUAUUGUAACUCCAUAUAUAUAUAUAUAUAUCUGACUCUGGCCUUUAUUUA